GAUUUCGAGGUACAGUUGAGAGCGGAGCGGAGUGUCACUGAUUUCGAGGUACAGUUGAGAGCGGAGCGGAGUGUCACUGAUUUCGAGGUACAGUUGAGAGCGGAGCGGAGUGUCACUGAUUUCGAGGUACAGUUGAGAACGAAGCGGAGUGUCACUGAUUUCGAGGUACAGUUGAGAGCGGAGCGUCACGUCACUGAUUUCGAGGUACAGUUGAGAGCGGAGCGUCACGUCACUGAUUUCGAGAUAAACACGAGUGUCUGUGGCGUGCGAUCAACAUGUCUCGCCGGCAGCAUGACUUUCCCGUCUUAAAGAGACACGCAAGUUUGAUAACGCUGCUUUUCUGCAUACUGGUGUUGCAAGCUGCUGACUGUCAGAGGGUGAAGGUGGAGCCGGAGGUAUCCUCGUUCCCGGGGCAGAACGUCACCCUGCGCUGCAGCUUCUCCGACCCUACGGGCGAGGUCAAGAAGAGUCAGGUGACCUGGAUCCGGGAGACCCCCGACGGCAAGAAAGUGAACAUCGCAGUGUUCAACCCCCAGUUCGGAGCGAGUUACCCCGAAAAGAGCAUCGAGGGGCGCGUCGCUUUCCGGGACCCCUCCCUGCAGGACCCCAGCAUUGUCCUGCAGGGGGUCACCAUGGGGGAUGAGGGCAACUACAUCUGCGAGUACGCCACCUACCCCAGCGGCAAUGAGGAGGGCACGACCAGGCUGUUUGUGCUGGCCAAGCCCACCAACAACGCCACAGUGCUCCCAGUCCAAGCGGGGCCGGCCCCCGUCGCCGUGGCGCGCUGCGUGUCGGCCAAUGGCAAGCCUCCGUCCGAGAUCACAUGGGUGUCGGCCCUGCCGGGGAACGGCACGAACUCCGCGGUGAAGAACAGCGACGGCACGGUCACGGUGACCAGCGAGUACAGAGUGACCCCGUCGGCAGCUCUCAACGGCCAAGACCUCGGCUGUGUGAUCCAGCACAAGACCCUGAGCAAGCCAGAGAGCUUCCAGCUCAAAUUGUCCAUCGAGUACCCCCCCCAGGUGAAGAUCUCGGGGUACGAUGGGAACUGGUUCCUGGGCAGGGAGGGGGUGGAGUUACACUGCGCAGCCAAGGCCAACCCCCCCACCACCAACGUGGUCUGGAGAACUCUGAGUGGAGUCCUGCCCCGCUCGGUGGAGGUGAGCGGGCCGGUGCUGAAGGUGAUGAAGGUGGACAGCGAACUGAACACCACCUUCAUCUGUGAGGCCCAAAACAGCAUUGGAACGGGCAAACAGGAGCACAGCAUCCUGGUCCGAGAGAGCCCCCCACAGCCACAAGGCAGCGACCCAGGCAUGGUGGUCGGAGUGGUGGUCAGCUGUCUGCUGGCUGUCCUGCUGAUCACCGGAUUGGUCAUCUUCUGCCUUCGCCGGAAAAAGAGAGACCAGGGCUACCAGAGCGGGGGGCAGCAGGGCGGCUGCGAUCCCAAGACCAGGGUCUUCGGCGGGGGCAACAACAACGGGACCGCCUUCGCCUACCGCAGGGACCCCUCAGAGGCCACAACCGAGCGGGCCGCCCCACCCCCGACCGCCCAGGACAUCCUGCUGAGCAGAGAGAUGGACACCCUGGAGAAGUCCAAGUUUGACCUGGAGGUGGAUGAGGGUUACGAUCGCUUCGACGAGAGCUUCGGGGAGAGCAGGCCUGUGCUGCAGCUCCGACACGGCGGAGAGGACGAGGUGGCUGGCUACGCGGACGACGAUAUGGAGUCCCAGAGAGAUGGGUCCGUCAUAUCCAGGACUGCCGUCUACGUUUAGAGGAGAGGCGAAAGUCAGACAGAGGAGGUGGGGUGAACGAUGGGGCUGUCAUAUCCAGGAGUGUUAAGAGGUUUGGAGGAUCGCUCGUUGCUUCUUUCCGGACUCUGUUUUUUGAAGAAGAGAGAACAAGCCUGGCUUCAGUUUUUUCAGGACUGCUGUGUAUAGAAGGGGGGUGGGGGGGUGGGUGAAGCAUGCCUUGUGCACACUGGGUAGAUGAAGGAUCAAACAUUGCUGCCCUGGAAUUCGAAGCUGCUGUUUAUGGAGGGGGGGGGGCAGUCCUCUAAUGCCACUAAACCAUCCAGGUUUCAAUUUCAACCGAAUCCCCAACAGAACUCUCGCCGUGGUCCUCGGGUCGAGACACUUGAAGUUUUAAUGAAACCCGGUUUGCUUGGGUACUGCUUUGUCAAAGCUGAAAUAUUGACCCCUCUACAGCAUUUGCCUCUCCAAAUGCAAUUUUUUUUUUUUUUUUUUUUAAAGUGAUUCUGUUUCUAUCUUUGUUCACUCACCUGUGUGUGUAUAACAUAAAAAAAGAGAAAAUCAUCUAAAAUUAUAACACCUCUUCUAGAUCCUUUCUGUGCACUAGGAGUUUGUUUUAAGAAAAAAUAAACCGUAUCUUUGCACCUCCUUGAAGGCUGCUAGCGUACCGUUGAGAGGGGCGGACCAGCACAAGCAAUUUUGAAAUGUUUAAAUAUUUAAGUAGCUUCAAAUAUCCUGUCUGUUGCUUCUAUAACCAUUUAAUGUGUUUCCUGUAUAUUUCAUGCAUUUUUUCAAGCGUUCUGAGCGGGUUCAGUUGCUCCAGAUUUUCAGUUGAAAUUCGUUCUCUCGGUUGUUUUUUUUUUUUUACAUGGCUUUUGAGUUUGCUUGUCUGGAGAAUCUUAAAUUCCGGGGACCUGAUGAGCCAUCGUUUUUUUUUUUUUUUUUUUUUUUUUUUUUCUAUUCGAUCCACUGGCUUUUGGACCGUCCUGUUGCUAAAACGCACUGAGGAAUUCUCAUUUUAAUCUUCCCCAGACAAGCAAACUCAAAAGCAUCUUCAUUUUUUUUUUUUUUUUUUUUUUUUUGAUAUGUUUGAAAGGCAAAAAUCACUCGAGUCCCACUUGGCGAAUUCUGCUUACAAACUUCGGCCCACAGCAAGAAGCGAGCUGUGGUCUUUGAUGCUAAAACUUGAAAAUAUUUUUGGCUCCUUUUUUGAGUGUUCGCUGUUCUGGGUGUAUUUUUCCUGGCUCGGUAUUGCGCUUUUUAAAAAGAAAGUUUUAUCAUAUCGGUUCAUAUUAUAUGUGAAGUAUAAUAUACAUGUGGCCCAUCUGGUAUUAACAACUGCUUGUAAAUAGACCCUUUCCUCUAGUGUAGCGAGCACUGUAAAUCGCAGCACAUUGUAUGUACAGAAUAUAAAAGUCUUUCUUGAAUCACUUAUGUUGCCUUGAGAUGAACACCGAGUUCCUUGUGGUCUGUUGGGGCUGUCGUACACUUUCUUUAUUUUUAUAUUUCUUGCCAAACCCAGUUCGUGUCAAUUACCGGGCAGCCAGUCUUCUCGACUUGUGUUUUUAAACGGGUCUUCUCACAGCGGCGACGCGUUCCCUUCAAUCGAAGACGCGGUUUCUUUGGUUUACGCGAUGAAACUGGUUUCUAAUGACCUCGGCUGAACGAUAUACAAUUGUUCUGAUAUACUAAAAUAUAUCGGUUCUCGUUCCUUCAAGGAAUAGGGGUAUUGUGUGCUAUUUGAACUAACCGAGACAUAAAAACCGAGGUCCUAUUGGAAGGGACUCUGCAGCAGCCGCAGUUGUUAAUGAUGCAGAGUUCACCCCCCUGGUCUCUGGAAGUCUCUUUGGAUAAAGCAUUUUGCUGAAUGAUUAAUUCUAAUAAAUACCAGUCUGUAAAUCGUUCCUUCAGCCCGACAGAAACAGUGCAGGACUGUGAGGGUUGCACUAGAAGUAAACUCUGGUUUCUGUGAAUGAUUUUGGUUUUCUAGCAGACAGUUUCACUUCAUCUCAAUAUUGAAAGGGAAGCGCGCACGCUGGCCUAAUUACCUCGCUGUAUUUAAUUUAACAAACAUUAGUUUCGCUUCUUCAGUGAAAGAUAUCGCGGCUAAGAAUAGAAUUAAUUCAUUUCUACACAUGCAUUGUAAAAUAGAUACAUAACAUUGUGUAAUAUACACAGUGAAAGGGGGCAGUCACCUGACGAAGUUAAAGGUGUUUUAAUUGUCUCAAUGUCCAUGUGCUUUGGUGAAGGCCUCACUCGAACCCUGUGCCUGUAUUAUGUAUAGAGAAGAGACUGGGCUGUACGCGUGUAGGAAACCAGCAAGGACACCUCGUUUCGUCAGGUUUUCUGUCACUCUGAAUGGUGGUGGAUUUUCAGGGCCAAUUUAAAAUAUUGUGCUUCAUCUCAUUGGAAACCGACCAGCAUGCAAAAUAAUAAUAAUAAAAAAUAUCGAGAUGACUUUGCAUUUUUCUUUUUAAAUUGGUUUAUUUUUCAA